GCGGGCACCCAGGAUGGCCGAGGAGGGGGCCCAGGGCCGCCUCUGGCUGGAGAGCCCCCCUGGGGGGGCGCCCCCCAUCUUCCUUCCAUCGGACAGGCAAACCCUGGUCCUAGGCCGGGGACCCCUGACCCAGGUUACCGACCGGAAGUGCUCCAGAAACCAAGUGGAGCUGGUCGCAGACCCUGAGACCCGGACCGUGGCGGUGAAGCAGCUGGGAGUUAACCCCUCAACUGCCGGGACGCAGGUGCUGAACCCGGGGUCCAAGGGCUCUCUGGGGGUGGGGGACACGCUGUAUUUGGUCAACGGCCUCCACCCGCUGACCCUGCGCUGGGAAGAGGCCCGCACAGCAGAAUCCCAGCCAGACACUCCACCUGGCACACCUCCGGUGGCCCCAGACGAGGAGAAGGGAGUUGAGCAGCAGAAAAAGCGGAUGCGGAAGUCAUCCCCCGGCUGGGAGAGCUUCGGGAAGCUGCUAGUGUUCACGGCACCUGGCGUGAGGCCCCGGGGCAAGGUGGCCGGCUUUGAUCUGGAUGGGACCCUCAUCACCACACGGUCUGGGAAGGUCUUUCCCACCGGCCCCAGUGACUGGAGGAUCUUGUACCUGGAGAUUCCGCGUAAGCUGCGGGAGCUGGACGCCGAGGGCUACAAGCUGGUGAUCUUCACCAACCAGAUGGGCAUCGGGCGCGGGAAGCUGCCGGCAGAGGAGUUCAAGACCAAGGUGGAGGCUGUGCUGGAGAAGCUGGGGGUCCCCUUUCAGGUGCUGGUGGCCACGCACGCCGGCCUGUACCGGAAGCCGGUGAUCGGCAUGUGGGACCAUCUGCGGGAGCAGGCCAACGAGGGCGUGCCCAUCUCCAUCGGGGACAGCGUCUUCGUGGGAGACGCAGCUGGACGCCCAGCCAACUGGGCCCCUGGGCGAAAGAAGAAAGACUUCUCUUGUGCCGACCGCCUGUUUGCCCUCAACCUUGGCCUGCCCUUCGCCACGCCAGAGGAGUUCUUCCUGAAGUGGCCCGUGGCCAGCUUCGAGCUCCCCGCCUUUGACCCGAGGACCAUCUCCCCCUCCGGGCCGCUCUGCCUCCCUGAGUCCAGCUCCCUCUUGAGCUCCGACCCCGAGGUGGUCGUCGCAGUGGGAUUUCCUGGGGCUGGGAAGUCCACCUUCCUCCAGGAGCAUCUCGUGUCAGCCGGAUACGUCCACGUGAACAGGGACACUCUGGGCUCGUGGCAGCGCUGCGUGACCAUGUGUGAGACAGCUCUAAAGCAAGGGAAACGCGUCGUGAUCGACAACACAAACCCAGACCCCGCGAGCCGGGCCAGGUACAUCAAGUGUGCCCGGGACGCGGGCGUCCCCUGCCGCUGCUUCCUCUUCAGUGCCACCCUGGAGCAGGCACGCCACAACAACCGGUUCCGGGAGAUGACGGGCUCCUCGCAUGUCCCCGUGACCGACGUGGUCAUGUACGGCUACAGGAAGCAGUUCGAGGCGCCGACGCUGGCCGAGGGCUUCUCGGCCAUCUUGGAGAUCCCGUUCCGGCUGCGUGUGGAGCCGCAGCUCGAGCGCCUGUACCGCCAGUUCUCUGAGGGCUGAGCCGCCCCCACCCC